AUGGAUUUUGUUCUUCCAUCUACCAGUCAUUCUGAUAGAAAACCAAAUUCCUCUUCAAUGCCCAUUGUCUCUAAUAGGGCAAACAAGAAAAAUGUUGGCGACAAUGUUACCUUGACACCGGUGGAUAUUGACGUUUUGCGAGGACUGAACAAAGACUACGUAAUUGCUCAGCAAUCAGGAUUGGUGGACCAACAAGCCCAUCGUGCGUGGGCUUUUCGAGCUGCCCUCUUUUCAAUUACUUUCAUUGCCGUCUACAUGACCUUAGGUAUCGUCUUUUUUCGAAGCCAGACUGAUUGGAGUUUGCCGGAUACAAUCCUUUUCGCCGUGUAUUCGGCAACAUCUGCAGGAUAUGGUCAUGUCGACAUUCCUUCUACGCCUCUUUUUCAGAUGGUGGAUACCUGCUAUGUCUUGGUUGGAAUCGCGUCUCUGGCUAUUAUGGUAGCUCAAGUAUACCAAUUCUUGUUGCUCGAGGCGUCUCGUGCACAAGAUAAUCGCCGGGCCGCGGAAUUGGCUCGAAGUGCGAAAUCUGACGACUCCAGCAAUAAUAGAUUUGGCGACUCUUUGUGGAAAUUGAUCGACCGUACACGUUCCUUCUUCCGCGAAACCAUGGCCGGGCGCAUCUUGUCGGUCUUUCUACCAUUAGCGUUUCUGGCGUUAUCAGGAGCUUGUGCCAUUGGUUAUAUUGAAGGUUGGACUUUUGUUGAGUGCAUUUACUUUGGAGUCAUCAGCUUGACAACGACUGGAUAUGGCGAUUACUACCCAACGAAGACAUCUUCAAUUUUGCUUUGUGCUGUUUGGCUCCCGUUCAAUAUUGUGUUUACAUCCAUUUACAUGGGAUCCGUGGCAAAAUGGUACCUGAGGAUUUCUUCGAAAGGUAUUCAGCACAUACGUACCAAAAUGCAGGACGAUAUUGUUCGGCGACAACCUUUGAAUCUGUUUAGUACCACUCCUUCCAUUGAGCAAAUUGAAAUACUGGACGUUGAAGUUGGCGCUGAACCUGUUAUCCAUGAAGUCAGUGAAAAUUCGGACAGUGCCGACACUUCGACCAUUCACGAUGACAAAGAGUCAUCGAAGUCAAGCGAAGAGGAUGAUCCAACCUCGGAGAAGGAACUUCUUGCCAUCGCUGCUGAUGGAGGCACUUUGGUUGUUUUUGAGAACUUGAAUUCAACUCUGAUCACAAUGUCUGAUGUCAUCAAAGCUGUUGAGACUAGCACGGCAACUGACUUAUUUCAACCAGUCAUUCAAUCUGAAAUCGCCGACUCUCAGCGUGCCAUUGCAUUUCAAGAGGCCGUACACUGUGAAUCUUCCAAGCAGCCCUGUUUCAAACUUCGCGUCCUGGUCCAGCAACGGUUGGCAGAGAUAAUUGCCAAUGACCUGGUAGGAGGCGAGCAUCUCGUAGAUGUCCAGGACACGAUGAUCGUGGUUCAGAUCGGUCAAUGGAAAGAAGUUGUGGCCAAAUGGCGAAUCCCAAGCGGAGCCUGGAAGGCAUUUCGUGCCGCUACUUUGGAUGCCAUAAUGUUGGCAGGAGAGCGAAACUUGAUUCGGCAAGGCCCAGGUGCGCUCUUUCAACUUUCACCUGACGAAUUUCAUUCCAUUUUCAGCUCAUUAGUCGCAGCCAUGGGCGAUGCUGAAACUCUUCAGGGUUGGUUGAAUAGUACUGAGCACCUUACCGAGGAGGCUUCGGCUGAAGUCGGCAGUGAAAUUUUGAGAAAGCAUCCUUUCUACGGAUGUACAAGUUUGCUGGAAAUCGAAAUUCUUCCAACUGUGACGAUUAUUGGAGAAGCGGCAUUUGCUGUUUGCCGCUCAUUGACAAGAGUUCGUUUUCAUGAAGAUAGUGUGUUGACUAUCAUUGGAGAGGAGGCCUUUUACGAGUGCUCGUCUUUGAUCGAAGUCAACAUUCCCUCUAGUGUGGAGUCCAUUGAAGAUCGUGCCUUUUGUUUGUGCGAAUCCUUAACCAAAGUUUCUUUUCACGACGAUGGUUUAUUGGCUACCAUUGGAUUUGCAGCCUUUUGCCAAUGUUCGUCAUUGACCGAAGUCAGCAUUCCCUCCAGUGUGGAGAUAAUUGGAAAGCACGCCUUUGGUACGUGCAAAUCAUUAACCAAAGUUUGUUUUCAUGAAGAUGGAUUGUUGGCUACCAUUGGAGAUGCAGCCUUUUACCAGUGCUCGUCAUUGCAGGAAGUGAAUUUCGCGGAAGCAAACUUGAAGACGAUUGGAGCAAAGACCUUCAGGAAUUGUGUCAACUUGCAAAAAAUCAAUAUUCCUUCUACUGUUGGGCUCCUUGAGUCAGCUGCAUUCCUUGGCUGCAGGUCAUUGCUGGUAGUGAAGGUUCAGAAUGGCCUAAAAUAUUUGGCACCACUUGUUUUUUGCGGCUGCAAAAAUUUGCAAGCCGUUGCACUACCAGAGUCUGUAGAAGGGAUUGGCUACGCUGCUUUUGAGCAAUGUUGGAGUUUGCUUUCCGUGGAAUUGGGGGAUAGGCCUAGAACUGUGGCGAUUGCUGACAUGGCCUUUACGGAAUGCAAGAGUUUAGUAAACAUUUGUCUUCCUCUCUCCGCAUCGUCAACGACCAUAACAAGCACUGGAGCUAUUGGCUACACCAGCUUUGGUGGCUGCACAAUGCUGGAAAAUCAGUAUAGCAGGGACGCAAACAUCUUUCCUGCUCUGCAGCGUCGUUUUGAAAACUUUCCCAUGCACAAGAAAUGUUACCACGCCUCUGUUACGACAACAAAUGAGCUGGCUCGGGAGAUUGAGUCAUCAAUGCAUUCAAAGCAAGAAGGCAGCACCCAUUUGGUGGACCCUUUUGGUUUGACACCCUUUCACGUUCUGUUGUCGGCUGCAACCUGCAGACUGGAUCUUUUGCAGGUCCUACUAGAUGCGUAUCCACCGCAUGUCCUUGGAUGGAAAGACGUGCAUGGAAAGACUGCCGUUGAAUAUUUGACCCAACGAAGCUUUCAUCUGGAUGAAGACUCAAGACAGAUGCAUCGAAUGGCUCUUCAAGGAUGGAUGGUGGGUUGUAUAUCGAGUUGGAAUGGAUUGGAAGCUUGGAAAUCGGACAUGUCCGAUAAAGUGAAUGCGAUUGUGGCUGAGAACGACGUGGAACAUAGGCAAUUUUUGCUUCGAGAAGCAACGAUGGCUCUGUCGAGGUACGAACAGGUGGAAAGUACAACGCUGUUGGAGCUGUCUUUGUGGAAAUCGGAGAUGAAAUUUGCAGCUUUUGCUUCGGUAGAUGACACAGAAAGAACAACAGUCAAAGUAAAUGACCGAGAAACACACCGCAUCCGCAGUGGUGCUUCAGUCGUCGUGCCGAAUGUGAUUGCAUUCUGUUAUGAAGCUAAUCUGACAUAA